UCUGGGUGUCAUGGCGGCCUGCAGGCUGUGCUGCUUGUGCCUGUGGCUCCGACCGCUGGGCUGCGGUCCCCUCGGCCGGCCGGGGCGGAAUCCGGCACUCAGCUAUUUGCAGUUGCGAGCGCUGUGGAGCAGCACCGGGUCCAGAGCGGUGACCGUGGACCUGGGACACAGAAAAUUAGAAAUAUCCUCUGGGAAACUGGCAAGAUUUGCUGAUGGCUGUGCUGUGGUACAGUCAGGUGAUACGGCAGUAAUGGUCACAGCAGUCAGCAAAACAAAACCUUCACCUUCCCAAUUCAUGCCAUUGGUGGUGGACUAUAGACAGAAGGCUGCUGCAGCAGGCAGAAUCCCCACAAACUACCUUAGAAGGGAGAUUGGCUCUUCUGACAAAGAGGUUCUUACAAGUCGAGUAAUAGAUCGUUCAAUUCGACCUCUCUUUCCAGCCGGCUAUUUUUAUGAUACUCAGGUUCUCUGUAAUCUGCUAGCAGUCGACGGCGUCAAUGAGCCCGAUGUCCUAGCAGUCAACGGUGCGUCUGUAGCUCUCUCCUUAUCAGAUAUCCCUUGGAAUGGACCUAUUGGGGCAGUACGAAUAGGAAUGAUUGAUGGAGAAUGUGUCGUUAACCCAACAAGGAAAGAAAUGUCUUCUAGCACUUUAAAUUUAGUAGUUGCCGGAGCACCUAAAAGCCAAAUUGUUAUGUUGGAAGCCUCUGCAGAAAAUAUUCUACAGCAGGACUUUUGCCAUGCUAUCAAAGUUGGGGUGAAGUAUACACAGCAGAUAAUUCAGGGCAUCCAGCAGUUGGUAAAGGAAAUCGGUGUUGCCAAGAGGACACCGCAGAGGAUAUUUACUCCUUCUGCAGAGAUUGUGAAGUACACGCAUAUAAUUGCCAUGGAGAAACUCUAUGCGGUUUUUACAAAUUAUGAACAUGAUAAAGUUUCCAGGGAUGAAGCUGUUAACAAGAUAAGAUUAGAUACAGAGGAGCAUCUAAAGGAAAAAUUUCCAGAUGUUGACCAAUUUGAAAUAAUAGAAUCCUUCAACAUUGUUGCAAAGGAGGUUUUCAGAAGUAUUAUUUUGAAUGAAUACAAAAGGUGUGAUGGAAGAGAUCUGACUUCACUUAGGAAUAUAAGUUGUGAGGUAGAUAUGUUUAAAACACUUCAUGGAUCAGCAUUAUUUCAGAGAGGACAAACACAGGUACUCUGUACUGUUACAUUUGAUUCAUUAGAAUCCAGUAUUAAGUCAGAUCAAAUUAUAACGGCUAUAAAUGGGGUAAAAGAUAAAAAUUUCAUGCUGCACUAUGAGUUCCCUCCUUAUGCAACCAAUGAAACCGGCAAAGUUACUGGUGUGAAUCGAAGAGAACUUGGACAUGGUGCUCUUGCCGAGAAAGCUUUGUGUCCUGUUAUUCCCAAAGAUUUUCCUUUUACCAUAAGAGUUACAUCUGAAGUCCUCGAAUCAAAUGGGUCAUCUUCUAUGGCAUCUGCAUGUGGUGGAAGUUUGGCAUUAAUGGAUGCAGGAGUCCCAAUUUCAUCUGCUGUUGCAGGUGUAGCAGUGGGAUUGGUUACCAAAAACAAUCCAGAGAAAGGUGAAAUAGAAGACUAUCGUUUGCUAACAGAUAUUCUGGGAAUUGAAGAUUAUAAUGGUGACAUGGAUUUCAAAAUAGCUGGUACAAAUAAAGGAAUAACUGCAUUACAGGCUGAUAUUAAGUUACCUGGAGUACCAAUUAAAAUUAUAAUGGAAGCCAUCCAACAAGCGUCAGUGGCAAAGAAGGAGAUACUGCAGAUAAUGAACAAAACGAUUUCAAAACCUCGAGCAUCAAGAAAAGAAAAUGGACCAGUCGUAGAAACAGUAAAGGUUCCAUUAUCAAAACGAGCAAAAUUCGUUGGGCCUGGUGGAUAUCACUUAAAAAAACUCCAGGCUGAGACAGGGGUAACAAUUAGUCAGGUCGAUGAAGAAACCUUCUCCAUAUUUGCACCAACACCUACUGCAAUGCAUGAAGCAAGAGAUUUUAUUACAGAAAUUUGCAGAGAUGAUCAAGAGCAACAAUUAGAAUUUGGAGCAGUUUAUACCGCUACAAUAACUGAAAUCAGAGACACUGGAGUGAUGGUAAAACUGUAUCCAAACAUGACUGCAGUGCUGCUUCAUAAUUCACAGCUUGACCAACGAAAGAUUAAACAUCCCACUGCCCUAGGACUGGAGGUUGGCCAAGAAAUUCAGGUCAAAUACUUUGGCCGUGAUCCAGCUGAUGGAAGAAUGAGGCUUUCUCGUAAAGUACUUCAGUCUCCAGCUACAACUGUUCUCAAAACUCUAAAUGAUAGAAGCAGCAUUGUAAUGGGAGAGCCAGUUUCACAGUCAUCAUCUAACUCUUCCCCUUGACUCCUUUUUGAAAUAGUAUUAAAUGGCAAUAUUCUGUGGAGCAAAAUUUAAUAGUCCUGCUUACUGUGUAGAUUUAUAUAUAAUUUGAAUAUAAUUAUUUGUAUUAAAAUGAUUAUUUCAUGUGCCUUUUUUAUUUCAGGAGUAACCUAUAUUUACUUAUUCUUAUUUGGAUUAAAUCAAUAAAUAUUUAUUAUUAAAUGUAAGCUAUUUUUAUAUCUUAGGAAAGAUUACCUUUCUGUUCCUAUAAUUGUGAACUAUUGAAAAAUAAUAGAUCAUUUAUGCCUUCCUAAGGAUCUUUUUUUAUACCUUCCUUCUCUUCAUAUAUAGUAAUGGCCACUCUCAUUAGUUCAACAACUGUGCUUGCCUACUACUGUUCUACACACUAGAAGUUGGCAUUUUGAAAGCCAGAACCUAUUUCUUCAAAGCAAUUACAAAUUUAAUUGGGGGGAGCUGAUUUGAUUCAGUUGCUAAUGAUUCGUCUUUCAAAUUGGUCACAAGAUCAUAAAUACAGUGAAAUGAAUCCUAUAAAUGGAAUUCUUGCUAGAGCAACUUGUUUUUUUUUAAUUACCUAAUAUAAAAAUUACACACUCAUUGGACAGAACUAGGUCAUUCUUCAUAUUAUGUAAUUGGCAGUGUGUGAAUAUUUUUGGUGCAAGAAUGGGAGGAGUCAGUCAGUAUAAAAAUUAUUGAUAUAAUGUCUAGAAAUAACUGAUAACUGACAAAUCCAUUGCCUUUUUAUUUUUUUAUUUUUUCUGAGACAGGGUCCCUAGAACCCAUUGGACCAGGCAGGCCUAGAACUGAAAUCCACCUGUCUGACACCACAUCACUCAAAGGAGUGAGCCGCCAUACCCAGCUCAUUGCUGUAAUUUAAAACAUGCUAAUAGUCCACAAAAAUUAAAUACUACAUAAUUUAGACUAUGUUCCUUUUAUAAAUCUUAUAAAAAAUAUAUGUGAAUUUUUGAUUCAGGAUUUAUUUAUAAGAUAUUAAAUAUGUACUUGUUCAAGCCAAAAAUUUUUAAGGUAUGUUUAUACUUAAGUCAGUAAACAUUAUCCUGUGUAAAACACC